AUGGCGGCAAUAACGGAGCAGAUAAGUAGCAUGGUUGACAAGGAGGUGGAAGUGCAAUACGUUCAUCCUCACCCACGAAUCACUCGUAUGGCAUGCCUAUGGGUGGGCAAGAGCCGGUGGUCUCGAUCUCGCCACCACUACAAGGCUUACGUGGCGACGGCAUCACACCGAAAUGGCACUCGAUGCCGAGAUGAAAAACUUGCAAAAUGGAAGUGCCUCAGCACAGGGGCAACUGCAGGUCUCCGAUCUUUGGACUGGAAGCAAAUUCGGAGGAUAGUCGGGCUGAAUCCGUGGGGAGAGCAGAUUUUGUAUCGACUCAAGUUGCAAGCUUUCUCUCUAUACGACAGACGUAACGAGAAGUUGGGCUGCCCCACUCUUCGUGUGUCCAUAAAGUUGACAUUGAUUUACAUAAUGUUUUCUGGACAUGUCCAGCAGCGCACCAAUUGCGUUGGGUAUUUGUUAGGAGGUGGCGGCAACUCGGCCUGCCUGAGAAGAUUAUAG